AUGGAGGCAGCGGAGGCGCAGAGAGGGGCCUCUCGGGGGGGCCCCCUGCAUGGGGGCCCCCCCGCUGCAGAAGAGGAAACAGACAGACAAGGAGAGAAAAACGAAAGCAGGAGCUGCAGCGAGGUGUACACUGCAGCAGCAGCAGCAGCUUCGAAGCAAAACCUUGCUGCACUGGCUGCUGCUGAUGCUGUUCCUGUUGCUGCUCCCCUGGCGCCUAGUGCUGCUGCUCCUGCCGCUGCUGCUGCUGAUGCUGCUGCUGCUGCUGCUUCUUCAUCUCCUCGCCCUGAAGACCCGCUUGAUGCUAGUGCAGCAGCGGAGCUGCCUGCUGCUGCUGCUGCUGCUGCUGCAGAGCUGCCUGCUGCUGCUGCUGCUGCAGAGCUACCUGCUGCUGCUGCAGCGGAGCUGCCUGCUGCAGCAGCAGCGGAGCUGCCUACUGCUGCUGCAGGGGAGUUGCCCGUUGCUGCUGCAGCAGCAGCAGCAGAAGGCUUCUCUGCUGGCGCUUCAGUUGAGCUGCAGGGGCCCCCUGCCUAUGAACUGGGGGGGGAGGCUGAUGAGUCAGGGGCCCCUUGGGGGCCCCCCCCUGAGGGUAACCAAGCUAGGGGAAAGCGCUAUAGGGGCCCUUGCUUCGGUGCAGCAGCAGCAGCAGCAGCAGCAGCAGCAGCAGAAGCAGCAGCAGCAGCAGAAGCAGAUGGAUCAGGCUUACAUUUCUCUCUGCCUCUUCAUCAUAAUCUCUUGAUACCCACUCUACCCAACAGAAGUAAUUAUAUUCAUUUCCUUGCUGACCUUCUCUCACCGCAAGAGGGCCUCGCCCCCCCCCGGGGGCCCCCCAUACCCGGGGGGGCCCCCUACCUACUAACAUCAGCAACCCCACCAGAACACCAAGCGGGGGCCCCUGGGGGCCCCCCGCAACAGGGAGACCCUGCAGAGGGAGGGGGGGGCCCUCUCCAGGGGGCCCCUGAGGAGCACGGGGGGCCCCCGCCUCAGGGGGCCCCCGUGGAGGGAGAAAUGGGGGCCCCUGCGGAGCACGGGGGGCCCCCGGUUCAGGGGGCCCCUGUGGAGGGAGACGGGGGGCCCCCCAGGGGCCCCCAUGUACGGGGGAUGAGACAAGUAGGACGGCAGCAGACACAAACUAUGGAUAGAUACAUGCAGCACUGGAUAUCUAUAUACGAAAACAGCAGCAAAAACAGCAGCAGCAGCAGCAGCAGCACCGAGUGCAGCAGCAGCAGCAACGACAGCGGGAACGAUGAUAGCAGCAACAAAUACAGUAGCAACGCGACAAACAGCAGCAGCACGAACAGCACCUGCAGCAGCUACAACGGCGCCAGCAGCAGCAGCACCAACAGCAGCUGCAGCAGCAACUGCAGCAGCAACUGCAGCAGCACGGAUGCACAGGAUGAAGGGGAGAUGCAUCCUAGGGAGUUGAGGAUAUUUGAAUUGUUUCAGGGAAAGCAAACGAGAAUGAUGCCCGAGGGCACGGAUAUGCAGCUAAGUAUUGAACAUACAUAUAUACUGAAAGCAAACGAGUGA